UCCACUCUCUUUGAAUCGUAACCCUCUCUCUCUCUGCUUCUAUCUCCUAAACCCUACUUUUGGUUCUCAUUAUCAUCAUAUUCAAUGUCAUCGCACCGUUCAAUCCCAAAUGUGGACAGAAUCAGCAACCUACCAGACUCCGUUAUCUGCCACAUUCUCUCUUUUCUCCCUACCAAACAAUCUUCUGCAACAAGCAUUCUCUCUAAAAGAUGGAAUCCAUUGUGGCACUCAGUUUUCACUCUCGACUUCGACGACCAAAGCUUUACAGACUUCCACACUUUUCGACAUUUUGUCUACUCUGUCAUGCUCACCCGUGACCCCACAUUGCCCAUCCGAAUGUUCCACCUCAAAUGUGGAACCUCCCCGGGAUGUGAUCCACAUGAUAUCAAUCGAUUUGUUCCUGUUGCUGUCAAAAAAGGAAUUGAGAAUCUCAUCUUAGAUUUUACUGGCACUAGUCACGAUUUUCUAAUCAGAUUAGGUCCUACUUUUUCAAGUGUUUUCAACUGCGGCAGGAAUCUUGUGGUUCUUAAAUUGAAGUUUGCAAUAGUGAAUGUUGUUGCUCAAUUUGAUUUUCCACUACUCAAAACUCUCCAUUUGGCCUAUGUUUACUUUUUCGGAGAUCAUACAAGUGAUUUUAACAAGCUUUUUGUAGGAUGUCCUAUUCUAGAGGAUUUACAAAUAUCCAAUGUUCAAUUUUUAUUGUCAAAUCGUUGUGAUGGAGGAGAGUUUAAAGGCUUAUCCAAUUUGGUCAGAGCCGACAUUUCUAACCGUUGUUGGAAUAUGCCAUUUUCUUGGAUUUGUAAUGCAAAGUUUCUACGAGUAAUACUGGUAUGA